AUGCAUAACUCUACCGACCGUGUUAUCGAUGAUCCACAAUCAGAUUUAUUUGUUAUUAAAUCCAUACCUGGUAAAGGCUAUGGGAUGUUUGCCAAACGUGAUUUACAAUGUGGUACAAUUAUUGUAUGUGAAAAACCAUUAAUGAAAUAUCCAAAUGGUUCGCCGCCAUGGCUUCUAGAAGCAAUCUAUGAUAAAUUAGAUUCAGAAACCCAACGUCGUAUUCGAUUUUUAAGUGCAUCUAAACCUUGGAAACAUCCUCUCGAUAGUAUAUGUGAAACAAAUAGUAUUCCAUUGGCUCAUGGUUCUGAAGAAAAAGGUGUAUUUUAUUAUAUAUCAAUGGUCAAUCAUUCAUGUGAAUCAAAUACAUUUUGGAUAUGGUUUGAUUAUAAUAAUAAACAAGAAAUGAAAUUAAUUGCUGAUCGUCGUAUCAAAGCUGGUGAAGAGCUUGUCUGUUCAUAUAUAGAACGAUUUCAAACACGUCAACGACGACAUGAAUUUUUACAAUAUACUUGGUUAUUCAAAUGUCAAUGUUAUGUUUGUGAACAACAUGAAAAAGAUAAAGAACUUGAUGAACUAUAUGCUUCUUUAUCAAAAAAUUAUGAUUAUAUUAUGGAUUUUGAUUCGAAAGUAUCAGAAGAACAUAUAAAAAGAUUUUUAAAAUCAGUAAAAUUCGUACAAGAACAUUAUCAUAAUAGUUUAAUACAAAUGUUUUUGUUACAUUUAUGUAUUCUUUUACCAUGUUGUAUGUUGAAAAAAUGGGAAGAUGCUUUGAAAUAUGCCAAAAAAGCAAUUUUUCUUGGACGAAUGAUAUAUGAUGAUGAUUAUGAAAGAUAUUUAAUAACAGUAAAAGAUAUAAUUAUGGCAAAAGUACCAAUGAAACAUCGUAUUGGAUUUGAUAAAUAUUUAGUAUAA